AUGGGCCCAAAGAGAUAUUCCAAGUUUCAAGAAAGCAGGGGAUCAAAGACUAUGGGAAAUAUCUCUAUUAAAUUUGAAAAACCUGGUCCAGAUGAUGAUGAGAUGUAUGAUAUAACUGCGCAAUCGAAAUUUGUCCUGAAGAACCUCAGACACUACACAGUCCAUCCAAAUAUGGCCAAAUAUUACGAGCCUUUGAAGCCCAGUAAACUGCAGAGAUUUCUGACUCAAAAGAAGAAAAAGAAUAGUUUCAUGGUAAAGGUGACCGAGUAUGAUCAAGACAUGACACUACUCCUCUUAACCAACAACCCACCGCCCUGCUCCAUCAGCCAGCAGGAAAAGGGUGGUGCUCCAAUAUACUUUCCCCCGGAGUUUCAGUUAAAGGAGACUCUCUAUCGGCGCAAACCCAACAAGAAUGACUUCCUUCCCACAAUGUCUCAGAAAAAGAAGUUAAGACCAGAACUGAAGCCAGUCUUUCCUAUGAAACGGAUAGGCGAUCCUACCUUCAAGGGACAACAAUGGUUUAGGUUUUCUACCGACAGUGAUUUCAACACCGAAGGGAGGUAUUCUGAAAUCUAUGCUUUAAGGAAACAGAAAAAAUUGUAUCCUAACCUCAUCUUUGCCCCAGCCUGCCAGAGAGAGACAAAGAAACAUGUUUCCAUGAAGUCAGAGGGUGAAACACCAACUUCGCAAGUGCUUUGGGAACCACUGACAUUUUCAAAGCUCCUAGAAGAGAAGCCUACAAGAAGUGUGCCAGGCGAGAGUUUCUUUCGCCAUGGAAGGGCCCAGCAGUGGGUUGUCAAAAAUGCGGCUGUCAUUAAGUGA